GCUGAACAAGAAGUGCCAGAUUGGUUAGAAGAACAAGCCGAAAACGCAAUUGGAACAAACUAUGGUCCUGCAGGGGGUCGUUUUGGCGGACGUGACACGAGAAAGGUAAUUCUGUGUUUAACGCAGGGAUGGAUCCAGCAUGAUCUGUGCUCUGCCAGCGACUACGGCAAAGUCUUGCUUGACUACUGUAUUUGAAUUGUAAUUGUUGUUCACAGUUCACACUAAUAAAUCAUCAUGUUAUUACUUAUUUUGUCUCUAAUAUAUUUUUGCUUUAUCAUGAAAAAUAGCCCCCCCAUCCUCCACCUCUGGCUAGGCCUCCCCCCAGUAAAUCCAUCCCUGGUUUAACGAAAUUUGUCCUGCUCUAAUGUGUCUUACGCGUACACGCAAUCUUGACCCUCCUGAAGACACUGGAACAUUUGUUAUUUAAUUAUGCGAAGUGAUGAUCGGUGAAUAUUCACUGAGCCUGAGGCGAAUAAUUGUUUUAGUAAUUUAGUUAAUAUAUAAUGAAUAAAACAAAAUAUCAGUUAUAUAUCAAAAUAUCACUAAUAGUGUUGCAGUGUUUCUUGUACGCACACGCUUUCUUGUGUGACUUUAUUGCUAUAUUACAAAGUUGUUUUUCUCGAUUUCUGCUUAGAAUAUAAACACAAUAACGGAAUGACUUUUUCACCAGAAAAAAUAGUUGAAAACUAUUUUAAAAAAUAGUUUCUGCUUAGUAUUAUUUUUUUCAGGAAAUGGCUGAAAAAUUUGGUAAAAUGAAAUGUAAAACUAUAUCGUUCGAAAUAAAGUUUUAAUAACAAUACAGCGGUCAGAACACCAUACAGCACAAUGAAAACAUGACAUAUCAAAAGAAAUAGUAUCGUACAAAUUGAGAAAUCUAUAGGAUACAAAACAAAAUGGAUUUAAAAGAAUAUCACGGCAAGGUUUUUCUCAACAGUCGGGAUAGUUUUUGCUAUUUGUUUGAAGUGAAAUUUUCGGAGUUUUAAAUAAGUUUUAAAUUGUCCGUGAAUAUGUUUGACACAGUAAAAUAAUAUAGGAAUCCUACCUGUCAAGUUAAAUACAACAUUUUGUGCUUCUUUCGUUUUCUGGGACGAUUUUUUCAAUAUUUUGUCGAUUUUGAAACCAAAUUUGCCGAAUCAUUCUUUUUGAAAAGCAUUAUUUACUAGUCUGCUGGCAAAUAAUGCGUCAGAUUUACUAAUUACUAGUCAACUAGAACGCGCGAAAGCCCAAUCAGAACGCACGAAAGCUCAUUUGAUAUCAAAAUUUAUACUAAUGCUCAAUAUCACCCAAUAUCAAAGUAUCCAGUUUUGAAAUUUCGCAUGUUUUUAAUUUGCAGUUUGACAAAGGCAAUAGUGGCGGUGGAGGCAACGAUGAUUUCGGUGGUAAUAGCGGCGGUGGAGAUGACGCCUGGGGGGUUGAUGACUCCAGUAACAAUGCCGGGGGAGGUGGUGAUGAUUGGAACACUAACUCUGUAAACACUGGUGGAGAUGAAUCGUGGGACUAA